AGGAAGAAGAAUUAAAUGAUCACAACUACACCCCUAGAAACUCAUUAAUGCUAGCCAACUACACAAGUAGAGUACUUUUUUUAUCUUUUUUAUCUUGUGACUACUAUAAGUAACGUUCUAACCUCUUUACAUUUUUCUCAAAACAAAAAAAAACCAAGACCCCAUUUCUCUCUAGAGUUUAAACAAUGGAGAUUCCGAAGGUGAAAGUGGUCGGAAAAUCCCACGUGAAGCCGAAGAAAGACAUAGGAAGAAAAGAGUGUCAGCUAGUGACCUUCGAUCUCCCUUACUUGGCUUUCUACUACAACCAAAAGUUGAUGCUUUACAAGGGAAACGACAACUUCGAGGGUAGUGUGGAGAAACUUAAGGAAGGACUUAGUGUGGUUUUGGUGGAUUUCUACCAAUUGGCUGGGAAGCUUGGGAAAGACGAGGAAGGAGUGUUUAGAGUGGAAUACGACGAUGAAAUGGAAGGUGUUGAGGUCGUUGAGGCUUUGGCUGAUGAGAUUAGUAUUGAUGAUCUCUUAGUGGAGGAAGGUACAUCUAGCUUGAAGGGUUUGAUUCCCUACAAUGGUGUACUUAACUUGGAGGGCAGUCAUAGGCCUUUAUUGGCAAUCCAGGUAACCAAAUUAAAGGACGGAACUGCAAUCGGGUGUGCUUUCAACCACGCAAUCCUAGAUGGAACCUCCACGUGGCACUUCAUGAGUUCAUGGGCCGAGAUCUGCAGUGGGUCCGACACCAUAUCAGUCCCACCGUUCUUAGAACGCACCAAAGCACGAAACGCGCGCGUGAAGCUAGAUCUCGCCCUACCCUCGGACCCACGCGCUUCAUCCAACGGAGAUGCCAAAGACACGAAGGCAUCAUCCAACGGUGAUACCAAAGACACGAAGGCAUCAUCCAACGGUGAUGGCAACACCGAGCCACAACUCAGAGAGAGAGUAUUCAAGUUCUCUGAAGCCGCCGUCGAUAAGAUCAAGUCAACGGUCAACGCAAACAACCCUCCAUCGGACGGUUCCAAACCUUUCACCACUUUCCAAUCUCUCUCCGCUCAUAUAUGGAGACACGUGACCCAAGCACGUGAGCUAAAACCAGAGGACUACACGGUGUAUACCGUCUUCGCCGAUUGCCGAAAACGGGUCGACCCGCACAUGCCCGAUAGCUACUUCGGGAACCUGAUCCAGGCAGUGUUUACCGUCACGGCGGCUGGGCUUCUUCUGGCGCACCCGGUUCAGUUCGGAGCUUCGACCAUCCAGAAGGCGAUUGAGGCGCACGAUGCUAAGGCGAUCGAGAAUAGGAACAGCGAGUGGGAGAAAGCGCCGAAGAUAUUCCAGUACAAGGACGCCGGAGUGAACUGUGUUGCGGUGGGAAGCUCGCCUAGGUUCAAGGUCUACGAUGUCGAUUUCGGGUUUGGGAAACCGGUGGUUGUGAGGAGUGGCGGAAACAACAGGUUUGACGGAAUGGUUUAUCUUUACCAGGGGAAGAGCGGUGGCCGGAGCAUUGACGUUGAGAUUAGCUUGGAAGCUGGUGCUAUGGAAAAGCUGGAGAAAGACCAAGAAUUUCUGCUGAAUGUUUAAUAAUUUCAAAAGCAUAAUGUUAUUGGAUGUGAUUUAGUGUUGGAUGGAUUGUAUUGGAAAUGGGGUUUGUUUACUGAUUUUGGUUUUUAUGAUUAAGCAAGAAAUAAGUGCUUAAAUCAUAAACGCCAAAUUUAUGGUGUAAUCUGUGUGUGUGUUUGUUUGUAGUGGGAUGGUUUUAUUUUCGUUGUUAUUUAUCUUUCAUUUUGGAAUUUGUUGAUUAUGGUUAUAUUUCUGAGUAAUACGGCAAGGUUUUUA